AUGAUCAGAUAUACCGGGUUAUUAGCUUCUCUUAGGGGGUCUUUCUCGCUGUGCAGGCCGUUGGCAGGACUUUCACUCCGAUCAGUAGCACGCCCGUUGCUGAUAAAACCAACAUCAAUCCUUCUCAAUAGACCCUUCAGUCAGCUGGGGUACAAUCAAAGUGUUUCAAUUAGUUGCAAAUGUCAAAUUCGUAAUCUCUCCUUCAAUUCUUCUGUCAGAUCAAAGAUUCCGAAGUUGAAUAAUCGAAAUAAACCGUUGGUCAGAAUUGCUCGGAAUUUCAGUACAAAUAAUGGCGUCAACAACUUCAUUAUUAAUUUCCUUGUAAAAUCCUACUUGAUCUCGCGCACUAUAUGGUCGCUAGUUCCGGAUUUUUUGAAGUUGAUUGUUGGGUUCAUUAUUGCUUCAUAUUUUUUGGUAUUUGUGGCAUUACCGAUACUUUUUGUGGGGCUUCCUAUUCUUUUACUCGGGAUCUUCUUAUAUUCAAAGGCCAAGGCUGUGGCCGGUGCUAGGGUCUCCAAAUUGUAUGUUGAUUAUCUAAAGACUUCCAGCUUGAAACUUGGUGGCCAUGAAGUUUUGAGCUUCAGCAACUACAACAACCCUGUGAAAAUUCAUAAAUUGCACUCCAUCAUCAGCAGAAGAGUGGCACUUGCAUUCGAGUAUAACGAAAAUAAUAUCGAGAAAAAUUUCAAGGUGUCUCAAGGAAAUGGGAAAUUUAUUGAUAAUAGACCGUUUGAAUCGAAAGUCAGACUUUCUAACGUAUUUACUAUUAAGUUGGAAUCAUUGAAUCUGGGGUCGAUAAGCGCCGAUACAGCAGUUAAUAAUGAAAUCCCUUAUGAUUCCUUAAUGAUCUACGAAUUUUUCCUUCUCGAAAGUGAUUACAGUAGUCCAAAUGACUUCAGAAAGAAGACUGCCCAAGUUAAUGUGAUUAUUGGUAAUCCAAAGAGCUCAAUUAGUGACCAACUUGAUGAUAGAGUUUUCGAAGAACUUUUCCAGACAAGGUUUGAUAAUAAUGAUGAAAAAAUUUCUCAGCCAUUCAUUAUUGAGCUUGUUCCAACAGGUUUAAAUUUUAACCGGUUUAUUAUCAGCAGUCCAAGUGAUUUCGAUACUGGUUCCAGUGACACAAUUAUAACAAUAAACAAGCACAAAACCAAGACUUAUGAUUAA